UUCUAUGAUUAGGGCUGCGGCGAGGGAAGGAGGCUGCCACUCGGAAAGGGCAAAGGCGCAGUUGGCGCCUUCUUGUUGACCGCGCACCACGAGCUGCGGUUCAUUUAUCUGUACCGUUGUGGUGUGGAUCCCGAAUCAGUGGCUUUGUGGCUAAAAUACUUGAGGGAGAAUGAGAGUCGCGACCUCCAGGGUGUGAGCAGAGUGCGCAAAACGUCUUGGAGUACGGCAUGGCUCUGGAGAGCGCGUCGCUCCUGAAAGCGGGGCUUGUGUUGUUGAUGGCAGCUCAAGUCCUUCCAUCAGCGUCCAGCUGCAACAGGGGUUUCUACGAGAGGAUGAUCAAUGAUCUCUGCUUAGCGAAGUUCAAAUUCGACAUGGGGGCGCUGGACCAGGGCCUGUGGUGCAGCUGGCCGGACACCAUGGAGAUCUACGAGGGGCUAACAAACUGCACCUUCCAGGUGGCCUUGAGGGUGGACUGCUUCUGGCCAAAUCAGAUAGUUGACCGCUUCUUCACGCAGGUUCACCGGAUCUACUUCCACGACUGCGCUCUGACCGGCCGGCUCAUCCACGACCCGCCGACCAGCAUCCUCGCCCCGUUUAUCGCAGUGCCAGUGCUGGUCACCCUGCUCAUGACUGCCCUUGUGGUGUGGAGGAGUAAACGCACAGAAGGGGUUUUAUAAGGACUGGCUUCUGGAUUGGGGCACAAGGCUUGUAAAUACAAAUGGACUCCCGAGGGCCAAUGACGGAGCAUGGGAAAAAAAGGUUAUUUUAUAAAAUAUUAAGUUGAUGCACUUAUACUCCUUGUCUUUCAAUUGUGCUAUUCCCAUAUUAGUAUGCAUAUUAUUGUAUAGACCAUUGCAUGUCUCAUGAAAAACUGUAGCAGACUUUAAAACAGUAGUAUGUGUAAUAAAAAACUGUUUUUGCUAUAAAUGUGAUUGAAAUUGA